AUGACGACCCCACCACUCCCACAACUGUGCCAGAGCUACCACCCUGACUGCGAGGCCGCCCUCAACCAUCAAAUCAGCCUGGAGCUCUAUGCCUCGUACGUGUUCAGGUCCAUGGCCACUUAUUUCGAGAGCACUCACGUAGCCCUGAAGCAUGUCUCCCAGUUCUUCCUGACGCAGUCCAAUGAGCAGAGGGAACACGCCCAGAGGCUGAUGUGGCUGCAGAACCAGCGUGGGGGCCGCACCCUCCUGCACGACAUCAGCAGUCCUGACCGAAACCACUGGGACAGCAGCCUGAAGGCCAUGGAGUCCGCAGUGUGCCUGGCGGUGGGGGUCAACCAGAACCUGGUCCGUGUACAGCAGCUGGCCAUGGAAAAGAACGACGCCCACCUGUGCAGCUUCCUAGAGCGUAACUCCCUGCAUGAGCAGGUGAAAUCCAUCCAAGAGGUGGGGGAGCAUCUCACCAACUUUCUUCUGCUGAGGGCCCCAGAAGUCGGCCUAGCAGAGCACCUCCGUGACAAGCUCACGCUGGACGACAAAAAAAAGUGA